AGAAAGGAGGAGUCCUGCUGACUGAACAGACCUUGUGUUAUGAUCUGCACCUUGGACCCUCUCACUGCCUCCUGUCCACUCAUCCAGCCAGGACACGGGCAAGCAGCACCAUGAGAUACACCACAGGGCCAGGUGAUGCAACAGAAUUGCCACAAAAGUUCACUUUCAACCCAAAAGAAGGGAUUGACAAUCCAACCUUGGUUAUCUCAGAUGACACAGAGCCAGCUCUGUGUCCGCGGUUGUGUCUGCUGAAGCGAGAGGAAGGUGAAGGCUUUGGUUUCUAUCUGAGGAAGGAGACAGGCUGCAGGGGCCAUGUGGUGCAGCAGGUGGCCCCCUGGAGUGCAGCGGAGCGCAGUGGCCUGAGGGAUGGAGACCACGUUCUGGAGGUCAAUGAGGACUUUGUGGACAAUCAAGAGUAUGAAAAGGUGGUGCUAAAGGUGCAGGCAUCUGGGCUGCAGUUGUGUCUGCUGGUGCUGAGGGCUGAGGACUACGAGCUGGCUGUGUUGGAGGGAAUGGACCUCAUGGCUCUGACCAGAGCUCACAGAGGAGAAGGCUGCGCUCGCCCACGUUUGUGCCACAUCAGCAGAGAGCCAGGCUUUGGCCUAGGACUCAGCAUCAUACCUAUUGAAGGUGAGAGAGGGAAGUAUUAUCUGAAUCCUGUGAGUGAAGGUCCAGCGGAGAAAGCAGGCGUUCAGCCAGGAGAUCAUCUGCUCUGGGUCAACGGGGCCAUGGUCUCCACACUCACACAUUCAGCGCUGGCUAAAAUGGUUAAGAGGAGUAGUGAAUUCAUGACCAUCAUGGUCAUAGACAGCAGAAGUGAAGAGAGCUAUGCCCGCCGAAGGCUCCCCAUUCUCCCUGCGUUUGCCAGUGUUCAUAACCUCCCUCACAGGCCAAAAACCUUGCAUGUCGCUCAGGGACCACAGGGCUACGGCUUUCUGUUAAGGCAGGAGAAGCUGCCUUCAGGACGAAUAGCUCACCUACUGCGGGAGGUGGACCCCCACAGCCCAGCUGAGCUGGCAGGAAUGGAGGAUGGGGAUCUGCUGCUGGCAGUCAAUGGAGAGCAGGUGGAGAACUCGGAGCAUGAAGACAUCGUCAGCAGAAUACGGCAAAGUGGUCAGCAGGUCACAUUGACCACCAUCUCCAUCCAGGGCAGAGACUACUACACACAGCUUGGUUUCUCACCACUGUUGUUUUAUGAGCCAACCAUUUCCAGAAGAGAGCAUUUUCCCGAGCUCACUCUGCCACGCAAAGACAUGCAUGUUAAUCUGCCGUGUCCUCGACUGUGUGUCCUUCACAAGGAGGGCACGGGAUUUGGCUUCAACUUGGCUUGUGUCCAGAACAAGACUGGGACCUACAUCGGCCAGGUGGCAGCUGGGCGUGCUGGAGAGAGAGCAGGCCUGCGGGAGGGGGACGUGAUCGUGGAGGUGAACGGGCAGAAUGUGGAGGAGGAGCACUUUGAAGAGGUGCUGAGGCUGAUUAAGAAAGGAUGCACUCCUCUCAGGCUGCUGGUUGUGGAGAGAGCAGGCUAUGAAACACUGAGAAAGAGCGGCCUGACAGUCAACCUAGCCCUAAUCUCACACAGCAUACAGGUUCCAGAUUCAACACAUGACUAUUUUCUGUAAAACAUGAUAAUCUGGAUCAGAUGAACUGUAUCAGUGAUUCCUCUGAUCAUUGCUAAAGGACUACGAGGGAAACUGAAGAGCCACCAUCCUGCUGAAUGCACUGAAUAUCUUAUCUGCCGCCAUGUCAAUGAACUAAAAGGUAUAAAGGUUAUGCCAUAAAUCUAAAAUGCAAUGAAGAGAUUUAUGUGGUUAAUUAUAAAUGAAGCAUUGUGCUUGUUGUGCAUGCCUCAAGCAUGCCUCAGGUAAUGUUUAAUGCUGUAUAUAAAAAUUAUUUCCAUAUAAUCAUUAGAUUUUAGAAGUAAAAACUGUAUAAAAUGUCUGUGUAAACUUGUACAUAUCAAAUUGCACUUUAUUUCCACAUGCACAUUCCAAAUGUAUGUACUCAAAUGUAAUUUCUUGAGUUGAGUUUUUAUUAAAAAAUAAUUUUAGUUUGUA